AUGGAUGCUGGAAUUAUUGCUUCGAGUUUGAUCCAGAAACUGCAGGAUGAACCAAAAGAAGUCGGCCCCAUGUUUGAAAAACAUAUCAACAAUCUCCAUUUGUUGAAACGAUGCUUAAAAUACGCAGAGGAUCAUGAAAGCUUACUCGGCAAUUCAGUGAGUGAGCAGAAGAUCGGCCGGCUUCUGCAAGCAGUUUACGCGGUGGACGAUGCCAUGAACACCUUGCUUGUGAGAAAAGAAUUGCAGAGGAAGAAAGAAGAGUUGCAAGCUGAAAGAGAAAAAUUGCAGAAACAAAGAGAAGAGUUGCAUAAGGAGGGAGGAAAAUUGAAGAAAAAGAAUGAAGAAUUGCUGACAAAGAGAGAAAGAUUGCUGACAAAGAGAGAGAAUAGUCUCAAGGAGGAGUUCAAGCAGCCUUUCCUGAGCUUCUUGUCUUUGUGUGGCCCCAGGGUUUUCACCAACAAGAUGAAGAAACUGGAGAACGAAAUCACUGCUUUGUGCGAAUUCCACCAUCCAAAGAAGAGCUUUCAAAAUGAUAUACAAGGCAGUUUUCUCUACAACGAUGACUCGAGGUAUAGCUUCGAAAACUACGACAGAGGAACAAUUUCUGAAUCUUAUUUAGAAGAGGAAGAAGUUAUUGGUUUUGAAGAGGAAAUACAGGACUUGAUUAAGCGAUUAACUGAUCAACAAUCAACUCAUCGACUCAUAGUUGUGUUUGGAGAGGGAGGCUCGGGCAAAACAACUUUGGCAAGAAGUAUAUACAAACACGUCCGCGUAAGGAAGCGAUUCACCCAUCGCGUCUGGCUUCAGGUUUCUGGUUUGUUCAAAACUAGAGAUUUCUUGAUUAACAUACUGAAACAAAUUAAUCCAGCCGAGUUCGUGGUGGAAGCAACACUUUCUGAAGAGGAACUCAGGUCAAGGCUCACCAAACUCUUAAACGGUAACAAUAAUAAGCAUCUUAUUUUCAUUGAAGAUGUGGAGACACUUCAAGUUUGGUUAGCUCUCAGAGAUGUCCUUUGUUUCUCUAGAUCUUCAGAUAAUAAAAUGAUUGUAAUUACACGAAACACAGAUAAUGUACCAGUGGGGGAUGGUUAUUCAACUCUACAAGUUCGCCAAUUAAGCGAUGAGAAGUCCUGGAAUUUGUUUGUAAAGAAGGUACGAAUCUCAGAAAAACAGUUGAAUGAGUUAGGGUUGAUAAAAUCAAAAGAACGAAUCCUGAAAGUAUGUGGUGGUUUACCCUUACAGGUAGUCUUGCUUGGAGGCUUGUUAUCUGUCAAAGAGCAAACGUAUGAUGAUUGGUUAGAAGUGAUCGAGCGUGCAGAAGCUUAUAACGGUAGGGGUAUCUUGGCUCUAAGCUAUCAAGAUCUACCUUCACAGGUGAAACCAUGUUUUCUUUAUAUGAUGCUUUUCCCCAGAGGAUUUGAGAUCCCUGUGAGAAGGUUGUUUCAUUUAUGGUGUGCUGAGGGAUAUAUGACAUCUUUGGAUCCUAAGAAAGCCCCUGAAGAUCUUGGAGAGAUGUACCUUGAAGAACUAGUCUAUCGAAACAUGAUUCAAGUGAGAUGGAAGUUAGAUGGAAGCCCGAAAACAUGUCGAAUUGCAAAUUCUGUGUAUGAUGUAUUCUGUCAAAAAGCAGCGGAUGUAAGAUUCCUAAACCAUCAGCUCCAGUUAUCUGACACCACCCCACAAAAAUCCAGAUUGGCUUUUCGUAGAUUUGCAGCCUACUUGGGCGUCGAGAGCUUCACAUUGAAAUCAUUUAGUCAUGCUGAGCACGUACGUUCUUUUGUAGCUUUUGAUACGCGAAUACGAGGCACAGCUACGAUAGAGACAAGUAUGUUCAAAAAGAUUAUAGCUAAAGGAGGGUUGAGAAUGGUGAAGGUUCUUGAUCUUGAAGGAGUAUACAAGCCUACGAAAAUACAUACUGUUCUAACAAAAUUGUUACAUUUGAGAUACCUAGGCUUGAGAGCAACUUUUAUUGAACAACUUCCAGAUUCCCUUGGAGAGCUGCCAUUUCUGGAGACUUUGGAUGUGAAGCACACUCGCGUAACCGAUAUUUAUAGUCGGAUAUGGAGUGCAAAGGAGUUGCAACAUCUUUACUUGAACUGGAUAAAUGAGGAUGAUGAUGCGGUGGUUAAAUUUCUUUCUCCAACAUCAAUAUCAAAACUGCGUACCUUAUGGGGGCUUAGCUUGAGAAAUGAUUUCUUUGUACACAAUUUUCUUCGGAAGUUGACAGAGCUCAGAAAUUUGGGGCUGGCAUGCGAUCCAAAUUGCGAAGGAAGUAUAACUGACUGGGUCCCUACACUUACUCAACUUCAAAGAUUGAAGUUGAAAUACGUUGGAGAUGAUCAACAUCCAAAACCAAGCCUGGAAUUGAAGAAAAUGCAUUUCGGAAAUCAUGAAAAGCUGCAGGAUCUUUAUUUACGAGGUCAAUUACAACUUCCAGGUCAAUCUAAACUCGAAGAUUCUUUCUUUCCUCCAAAUCUCAAGACCUUAACUUUGUCGCUAUCAAGACUAAGUGAGAAUUCAAUCCCAGUGCUGGGGGGCUUGCCUCAUCUAAACAUCCUCAGGCUUUUUGCUGACUCUUACGUGGGGGAAGAAUUGGUUUUUCAUCCGAAGAGCUUUCCGAAACUCAGAGUCUUAAAACUUUGGAAGCUGAUGAAUAUAUGGCUCCUGAACUUCAGGGAAAAUUCCAUGCCUUGCCUUAGAGAAUUAGAAAUCAGAAGCUGCAAUCGCAACUUACUCAUUCUGGGGUUGAAGGAUCUGAGCGCUUUGAAAGAUAUUGAACUUACAAACAUGCCGCAACUUUCUUGGCUUGUGCAGCACGAAAAUCUGUCUGUCAAAAUUAAGAAAUGCAGAUCCCUCUCAUACGUUGGUGAGUGA